AUGUCAGUCACUUCGUCCAACUUCAUCACUAGUCAGCCGGCACGGUCGCAGCGAUCACUGGUGAUUAGGGAAGGGGCGGAGAACGAGGUCGACCCUACUGACUUCAGUAAAACCAAGACAGACCACGUCGCCCGGGUGGGAGUGCCGGGUCCUGACGGACUCAUCGGUUGCAACGCCAACGGCCUCCCCCCUUCUGCGAACCUGCGCGGAGCAUUGUCUCCUGCCGACCACAAGGUUGCCCCGCCUUCCAACGAGAGUGAAGGCGGCGCGGAUGCACUGUCGGUCGUAACACUGGCAACUGCUCGGCCACAUCCUCGCCCUGCUGUCUCCGCAAGCGCUCCCAUCGCUACUCCUGCACCAAACCCCAUGACGGUGACCGCAACCGCCAUCACCGCCCAGAUAAUCACACUCCUGCCGCCACCAAGCCUUAGUCGAUGUCGUUAA